AUGAGUAAGGUUACCAAGACAUUAGAGAAAGAUUUGGACUCAAGUAGUCAAGAACCAGGUAGUCAAGCUGGUUUAGAAAAAGAUUUAGAACCAAGUAGUCAAGCUGGUUCAGGUCAAGCUGGAACUGAUGAUAAACUUGAGAGGCCCAAGACUGCUAAGGAGUUGGAAAAAGAGAGAAAAAAAGCUGAGAAAUUGGCCAAGUUCAAUGCCAAAAAGGCUAAACAGACCGAAUCUAAAUCGGAUGAACCAAAGAAACCCAAAAAGGAAAAGAAACAAUCAACUCCGGUACCCGAGUAUAUCGACGAGACCAAGCCUGGGGAGAAAAAGAUCUUAGCAUCAUUAGAAGAUGCCGCUUUCAAGGCAUAUAAUCCUACAAAUGUGGAAAGUUCUUGGUAUGCAUGGUGGGACAAACAAGGCUAUUUCCAACCUGAACUUACAGAACUGGGGGAAAUCAAGCCGCAAGGUGCCUUUUCGAUUCCGUGUCCACCACCAAAUGUUACUGGUGCAUUACAUAUCGGACACGCAUUAACCGUUUCUAUUCAAGAUACUUUAAUCAGAUGGAAUAGAAUGCAAGGCAAAACAACGUUGUUUAUUCCUGGAUUCGACCAUGCUGGUAUUGCCACACAAUCUGUGGUUGAGAAACAAAUAUGGGCCAAAGAGAAAAAAACAAGGUAUGAUUUUGGCCGUGAAAAGUUUGUUGAAAGAGUAUGGGAAUGGAAAGAAGAAUAUCACAAGAGGAUAAAGAACCAGUUUAAGAAAUUGGGUGCUUCUUACGAUUGGAGCAGAGAAAAGUUCACUUUGAACCCGGACUUAUCCGAGGCAGUUACUGAAGCAUUUGUGAGAUUGCAUGAAGAUGGUACAAUUUACAGAGCAUCAAGAUUGGUUAAUUGGUCAGUGAAACUAAACACAGCUAUUUCCAACUUGGAAGUAGAUAAUAAGAACAUUUCAGGAAAAACUCUUUUGUCUGUUCCCGGUUACGACAAUAAGAUUGAAUUUGGUACCUUGACUUCCUUUUCGUACCCAGUCGAAGAUUCAGAUGAAAAAGUGACUGUUGCUACUACUAGACCCGAAACUAUCUUUGGUGAUACUGGUGUUGUUGUACACCCCGAUGACUCAAGGUAUAAACACUUGCAUGGCAAGUACGUGCUUCAUCCGUUUUUAAAUAGAAGAUUACCAAUUGUGACUGAUGCUGAAGCUGUUGAUAUGGAAUUUGGAACAGGUGCAGUGAAAAUUACGCCAGCCCAUGAUCAAAACGAUUAUAAUACAGGAAAGAGAAACAAUUUGGAGUUUAUAAACAUAUACACCGAUGAUGGUUACUUGAAUGAGAAUUGUGGACCUGAAUGGAAAGGCAUGAAAAGAUUUGACGCUAGAGCUAAGGUAAUUGAACAAUUAAAGGCAAAGAAUCUCUUUGUUGAGCAAAAGGAUAACGAAAUGACAAUUCCACUUUGUUCGAGAUCAGGUGAUGUUAUUGAACCAUUAUUGAAGCCUCAAUGGUAUGUUAGUCAACAAGAAAUGGCAAAAGAUGCUAUAAAGGCUGUGAGAAAUGGUGAUAUUGUUAUUAAUCCAAAGACUUCCGAAUCUGAAUAUUUCCAAUGGUUGGAAAAUAUUCAGGAUUGGUGUAUUUCUCGUCAAUUAUGGUGGGGUCAUAGAUGUCCUGUUUACUUUGUAAAUAUUGAAGGUGAAGAACAUGACAAAUUAGACAAUGAGUACUGGAUCUCUGGCAGAUCUGAAGAGGAAGCUUUACAAAAGGCCAACAAGAAAUUUGCUGAUAAGAAAUUCACAUUAGAACAAGACGAGGAUGUUUUGGAUACUUGGUUCUCAUCUGGUUUAUGGCCAAUAUCUAUUUUGGGAUGGCCGCACAAGACAAGAGACUUGGAAUUGUUUAGCCCAAUGUCAAUGUUAGAAACCGGUUGGGAUAUAUUGUUUUUCUGGGUUUCAAGAAUGAUUUUAUUAUCUUUGAAAUUGACCGGUAAGGUUCCUUUCAAAGAAGUGUUUUGCCAUUCUUUAGUUAGAGACGCACAAGGUCGUAAAAUGUCUAAAUCUCUAGGCAAUGUUAUUGACCCAUUAGAUGUCAUUACUGGUAUUCCAUUACAAGGAUUACAUGAUAAAUUAUCAACCGGUAAUUUGGAUCCAAGAGAAUUGAAAAAAGCAAUGGAUGGACAAAAAUUAUCCUACCCCAAUGGUAUACCCGAAUGUGGUACAGAUGCUUUAAGAUUUGCAUUGUGUGCUUAUUCUACCGGUGGUAGAGAUAUCAAUUUAGAUAUUUUGAGAGUUGAAGGAUAUCGUAAAUUUUGUAAUAAGAUUUACCAAGCAACAAAGUUUGUUUUGGGUAGAUUAGGUGAGAAUUAUGUACCACCAACAUCUGCCUCAUUAACAGGAAAUGAGUCACUUGUUGAGAAAUGGAUUUUGGCUAAAUUGUCAAAUGCUGCGAAAAAUACCAAUGAAUCUUUGGAGGCACGUAAUUUUGGUGAUGCAACUAAUCAUAUUUAUAACUUUUGGUACGAUUUAUGUGAUGUUUACAUUGAGAACUCAAAGUCCUUGAUACAGGAUGGUACAUCAGAGCAAAAGAAAUCAGCACAGGAUACUUUGUACACCUGUAUUGAUGGUGCAUUGAGGUUGAUUCAUCCAUUUAUGCCUUUUGUUACUGAGGAAAUGUGGCAGAGGUUACCUAGACGUGAAGGUGACAAGACUGAAACUAUAUCCAAAGCCAAGUACCCAACAUAUACUAAGGAAUUUGAUAGCAGUGAUGCAUUAACAAGCUAUGAUCUUGUGCUCAACAUCACCAAAGGAGCAAGGUCCUUACUCUCUCAAUAUAACAUUUUGAAAAACGGCCAAGUUUUUGUUGAGUCAAGUAAGGACGAUAUAUAUAAGAUUGCAUCAGAACAACAAGAUUCAAUCGUUUCCUUGAUCAAGUCAGUUGAAAAAAUUGCAGUUGUUAAAUCAGUAGAAGAAGUGCCAUCUGGAUGUGCUCUACAAGCCAUUGGCCCAGAUUGCAAUGUACACGUGUUAGUUAAGGGCCAAAUCGAUUUAGAUGCCGAAAUUGCAAAAGUUAAUAAAAAAUUGAAUACUGCCAAGGAGAAUAAAAAGAAGAAUGAUGAAGCUAUUGGUAAGUUUACCGAAAAGACCAAUCCUGCAGCUGUAGAAAGCGCCAAACAAAGAUUAGAAAAAGUUAUUGCCGAAAUUGAAGGAUACGAACAAACCAUUGCAAUUUUGGAAAAGUUGAAACUUUAA